AUGAUUGGUGAGCGAGUACCGAUAACCGGUAGCGAGAAGGAGUAUGCGCUGUUGUUAAUAACUGGGUGUUCGUGUCUAAUACGUAAUAGUGCUGUCACUGAGAAACGUCAUACGGGCUCUCUCAUCAUGGAUAACAAAGCAAUACCCAAGAAAAAUGGAAAAUUCUGCUUAAAUGGGUUUAGUGUUGGAUUAACACCCGAAAAAAUAAUCAGCAUGAAACAAUUAAAAAACAGUGAACGUUUCUUCUUAAUACAAUGGAAAGAAACUAACGAUACAACAUAUGUGAAUGCUAAUAUAGCAAACAAAUAUUGCCCACAACUAGUAAUAAAUUUUUAUGAAGAAUUUUCUCUUUGGAAAGAUGAUUAAAUGUUUUAUAAAGUUAUUUU